AUGUCGAAAAUUGUCGGGUAUCUAUUCGCCGUGGCGUUGCUGUGGCAUGGAGCCUUCAGCCAAAGCCAAACCCAGAGUGCUCCAGCCUAUACAGCUACCGAACUCCCCUUCGCCAUAACCCCAGACACCAUUGAAGGAGACCCCGACUACAUCCCACCCAUCUUCCCUAUCCUCCCAUUCACCAAAUACGCCAACAACCCAAUCCUAUCCCCCAACCCCUCCAACGCCUGGGAAUCCGCCUACCUCUACAACCCCACCGCCAUCGUCCUCAACAACACCAUCUUCCUCCUCUACCGCGCCCAAGACGCCAACCUAACCUCGAGCAUCGGCCUCGCCUGGUCCACCUCCGGCACCAACUUCACGCGCCUCUCGCGCCCGAUCAUCUACCCGACCGAGGCCUGGGAGCUCGGCGGCGGAACCGAAGACCCGCGCAUCGUCCGCGUAAAUGGCACAUUCUACGUGACCUACACGGCGUACGACGGCGUGAAACCACGUCUCUGCAUCGCGACCUCGACGGAUCUGCUCACCUGGACCAAGUAUCCCCCGCUCUUCCCCAACUGGCUCGAUGUAGCAUUCUCCGACAUCGACGUCCCCAGCGCGAGGGCCAACCACACCAAAUCCGGCGCCAUCGUCUCCGAGCCGACGGGGGAUGGGCUUUACCACAUGUACUGGGGCGACAGCAGCUUCUACCACGCGACCUCGCCGGACCUGUUGAACUGGACCAGCCUCCCGGCAGACCAGGCCUUCGCGACCCCUCUCCUCCCCUGGGAAAACCGGCUUAUUGAGCCCGGCCCCCCGCCCAUCGAGACGCGGGACGGGCGGUGGAUACUCGUGUAUAACGGCAUGACGACCGGGCGAGUCGGGUACCCUAGGAACCAGUACAGCGUCGGCCAGAUGCUGAUAGAUCCCUCCGGGAGCUUCAGAUUCCAGAGACUGAAUCAAAGUGACGAGAGCUAUGAGCCUGCGCUGAGGGAUGGGCCGGUUGCGCGGAUCGAGAGGCCGAUGCUGGUGCCGGAGCAGCCGGAGGAGCUGGAGGGGUUGGUUGAUGCGGUUGUUUUUGCGGAGGGGCUUGUGCAGUACAGGGGGAGGUGGUGGUUGUAUUUUGGGCAGGCGGACUCGACGUUGGGGGUUGCGACUGCGGAGGUGCAGCCGUGA